GGUGGCUGCGGCCGAGCCGGCAGCUGCCGCGACCCAGCAGCUCCCGGGAAGGGGACGGGGAAGGGAUGCGGGAGCGGGAGAAGCAAAGCAGAGACAGAGUAAGACCCCAGUAAUAAGAUCUCACCAAUCCUUGGCUGAAUGUCCUGGCAGUCCCGGGAAGCUGAAGAGGGUCGCUGCAGAGUUCCAGCAGAUUUGGCACCUUUAAGGGGAUUUGAGGGUAACCUGUGCAGUGCUGGACGUGGGGCUCAGCGUGGAAGAAGCUGCUGUGCUGAGGCUCCAGGUGCUGCCUUGGCAGAUGCUCUUUGGCAGCCGUUGGUGAGACAUCUGUGCCGGGACGGGGAAGAACUUCCUGAGGUGAAGCCAUCCCUUCCAGCAGGAGGUGACCGUGGGUGGAGAAGGGGACCUGGCACAAACCCCUCCGUCACUGACUCCACCACCAUGGCCCGGCCGUGGCUCCAUCUCUGCAUCUGCCUCCAGAUCCCAGGCUUCUGUAGAAACCUACUCUUAUCCCAAACUCCAGAGCAUAUUUUAGCCCAAACUAACAAUAAAACAGAAAUCCUCUGUGAGCUGAAGAAGGAGCACACCGGGCUGUACUGGUACCGCUGGAGCCAGGAGAGGCAAAUCUUUGAGUUCCUGGUAUUUUCCAACUUAUUGGGCAAAACCACAUAUGGUGCAAACAUCAGCCAGAACAAGUUUAGUGUCCAUAGGGCGAGUGUCCACAACUCCUACAGCCUGCACAUCAGCCACCUCCAUGCCUUGGACAAUGGCAUCUAUUACUGCUCCGUCUCCCAGUCCUCCCAGCUCUUCCUGGGCAGUGGGACACAGCUCAGUGUGGUUGAUGUUUUGCCUCUGCCUUCAAAGACCACUCAGGCACCAGUCUCCAAAAAGCCCGUACGGUGCAUAACCACAUGCAAAGCUGCCAGCAAGAAAGGUCCCUGCAGCCCCCUGAUCUGGAUCCCUCUGGCCGCUGGUGCCCUGCUCCUCCUCCUGACCCUGAUCUCCAUCGCCCACCGUCUCCACCGUCUGCGACGAAGGCUGUGGCUUCGCAUCCACCGGCAGUAAAUCCCACCGGCUCCCCCUGCCUUGGAUGGGCAGGGAGAAGCUACAGACCCUCCCCUGCACGAUGCUGAGCACUGCCUGGACAUGACCCAGAAAGAACAUUACA